GACUCUUUUAGACCAUUUAGAAAAACGACAGCCAUUGAUUGAUAUGAUGAAGUCGGCGGUUUUCCUUACGUUACUUCUCCUAGUCAGCGCGUUCAGUGUGAACGAAGCCAAGUCGAAGUUUAAGCUUUGUGGGAGCAUCCUAACAAGUCUUUUUGCGCACAUCUGCAAAGACAGCGCGCCCAAACCUCCCUCUUCUGACGCCCCUCAAGCCUCGGUACAGGACGCCAACUCGUUUCUUCAUCAUUCAAAGAGCAGGUUUCGUCGGGGACUUCACGAAGAAUGUUGUAACGAAUCAUGUGAUAUGCACGAGAUCUAUGAAAACUGUUAAAACAGCGUAUUUUAAAUUAAAGGCUAUCUAUAAA